AUUAUUUUUUAGAAUAUGUCAAAGGUAUUGCCAACUUUAGUCUGUGCUGAAUGUCAUUUCACAGCUGGUGAUGGUGUUUUCAAAAUAUUUUUUUCGAUUUGCGCCAAUUUUUACAGUUUACGACAAAAUAAACAUAUUCCAUUUCAUCCUACUAUGAAUUCUCCAGGGACUCGUUCUUCUCCUACCUAUAAAAAUCUUAAGAUAAGAAACAAACAAUCGCCAAUAGAAAUAAAAGAAAAACUCAGAAAGAGCUACCGAGAAAAAGUAAGCAGUUGUCGCAGUCUGCUUAUUAACUCAUUUCGGGGAGCAGCUAUUGAAAAUGAGGUUAAAAUAACUUUGAAUGAAAUUUACAAAAAAACCUUUAAUUUCGAUGAAGAUAUAUCGUCUGUUGAGGAUGAGCAAAUGCUUGAUGAAAUACGCAAAGAACUUGUAAAAGAGGAACUAGACUGGUGGUUAGAAGAAUAUGAAAGAUGCCAAAAUUAUAAUAUUGAUUGGAGUUCAAUAGAAGCUGAAAGUGUUAUUUGUCCAGUAUGUGAAAAAGCCAAUUUAAUAUUUCGAAAUGGUGAAUUCUCUUGUUCAACUUGUAAUAUAUUAGUUAAGACAGAAAAAUGCAUAGCAGAUGUAAAAAGUAUGCUUUUCAAUUCAGUUGAUAAACAUAGUUCAUUGUGUGACAGUGUAGUGCAGUUCACUGCUAUCCCAGAUGUAAAUGGAACACAUAUUUAUCUAAUUUGCAGUGCAUGUAAUGACAUGCAGUUAAUAAUCUGAAAAGGUGAGAAAAAAAUCCUAUUUAUAAGAGUUGAUUUUUCUAUAAUAAUAAUAUUGUUAUCUUGUCACAAUUUCUUUUCUAUCUUAAUAUAUUUG